CGCAGACGACAUUUCCCCUGCGGUCGCUCAGCAGCGAAGUCGGAAGCACCGAGGCUAUAUAAGUGGUGACAUCCAUUUUUCCUGGACAUUCUGUAUUUUCCGUCCUCGACGGUUAGACAGUGACGUUUUUCUAGUGAGUCUGGACAGUAACCUUUCCUGGAUAUUUUGAAUUUGCAUCCGGAGUUCUUAUAUAGAUCAGAAAGUCAUGGAUCGGAAGUUCAUUCUACCUUUAGCGGCCGUCUUUGUUAUGUUUCUGUCAUGCGCACUGAGUUUUACGAUACGAAAGCGGUCCCCUCAGAACCCAUCGGACCUCACCCGAGCUCUCAAAGUGUUGCAGCGUCAGAGACGGCGAGUGGAUAUGAGCGACUACCUUCGAAGCAAUCUAGAUGAUAUGCAAGAAUCAUAUGACCCUUACGAAGAAUAUGGAGGCUUGGAUGGGAGUUAUAGUCUCGAGGAUCUCUUGCCUGCCUAUCAGCAAUACCUAGAAGAGCUGGAAGAGGACGGGGAGCAAGAAUUGCCAAAUAGAACUCCAUCUCUUGACGAAUUGAAAAAUCUAUUUGGAACGUCAGAAAAAGAACAUGAUUCAAUUUUGGAUGAAGCUAUCAAAGUAAAAGAUGAUAGUCAUUCAAAUAAUAGAAAAAUUACAAAAUCGCAAAUGGAAAAUCUACUAAAUCAAGUGCAAGAUGCAGAAACACAAGACUCAAAGGAAACAGAGAAAUCUGAAACACCUUCUGUCGUAGAGGAGACUGGAGACAAAUCUCAUUCGGGGGGUGCUGCAAAGCCAGAAAUUGUUACUAAAGAAGAACUAAAAGAUUUAUUUGGAGGUCAGGAAUCGUCGGAAGAGAGCAAGGAUACACCAACUGAUAGCCAAGAGGAUGGCAGUUCCACUGGCGAGGAAAUUGUUCCUCAGAUCAACUCAUUUCCUACCGAAAAGAAAAAGAAAGUCGCCAAGAGAGAUAAUGCUGAAAGUUUGAGAUCAGAGGAAGCGGAUUUGCAUAACGAGAUUGCCCUACUUCACUUGAUGGAAGGUAUCGAGGAUCAGGAAAUUGAUAACCUUGCCUCGGCUCUAAAAGAAGCCACAUUAUCCCAGAUGGAUGGGUCGGAUUCCUAUCUCAGACCGGAGUACAAAGACAUAGAGAAGGCGAUAAGAAACGAGGAAAUUCUUCAGGAGCUGAAAUCCAACCCAUCAAUUGCACUACAAAUAGCUUCAUUGGCACAACUGGGAAACGAAAACGGAUUGGACGCAGAGGAAGACGACGAAGACGAAAUCGAUGAGGACACUGAUGAUAUCAUUGAUAAACGUACCGAUACCGAACUAGAUGCAGACGACGAGAAACCGACCUAUGAGGAUGGAAUGGGAAGGUGGUACGAGAAUCCUCUGCCAGAUGAUGAGGAAGAAAUAGAAGACGCCGAUGCGCAAAAAGUUCUAGAAAGAUUCGUUAAAAACUAUCUUCAACAAGGAGAUUCUAACGAAAAGCAAAUAGAUUUAAGAAGAAGAAACGGUGGUACGAUGAACGACAAGGCCGUCCGACUGGCACUUUCGGAGUACCUCGCAACUCAACCAGAAGACAUAGAUCAAGAUACGCCGGAUGAGAUAGAAGAAGACACUUGCCUGGCCGUUGACCUGUUGAAUACUGACUGUGCAAUAGCAGACAAAAUGGGACUUCCCAUAGAUGACGAGGCCAGGGAACUCUGUAACCGACACGAAAUGUGCUAUAUUUGUGGAAAUGGACAUGGUUUGACAAAAAGCCAAUGUGACCAGGGCUUCGGGUCAGAGGUCAUAGAGAUUUGUGGUCCCAACAAAAGCUGCAUCCGAGACGGCGCACAGUUUCUCUGGCUCAUCAAGAGUGGACAACAGUACAAUGGCCGGCCUCUGGACGAGUGCAGAGAUCCUUGUGUGCGGGAUUACAUACUCGGACUAUAGGUGGCGCUGAGAUCUGUAAAGAUGGCGCCGUACCGAGUUGAUAGCUGAAUGUAGCGAAUGUUUCUGAGUCUGUUAACUUACUUGCACAUUUGUGAUUUUAGACGAUUAUAGAACAGUCAUUGAGGUCAUAUAGGGUGUUUGCUGUGACGUCAAACGUAACGGAUAUAGCUGUCUCGGGUUGAAUGGUAUCGUCUACUGUAAUGUCAAACGUAACAUAUAUAACUGUCUCCAUUCCAAUGGAUUCAUUUACCGUAUAUAAACUUGUGUUGAGUAAUAUCGAGUGCGCAAGUGGAUAAUUAUCGUAUUGAAUAAGGAUUGACUGAAAAACUCUAUAAACGUAAUUAUAACAACCAAUCGGUGUACGUGUACCAAAGUGGAUCGAAUCACGUGACGUAGAUAUUAAUACAGCAAGUAUAUCUAUAGUUUUAUACCAAAUAUAUAAGGACAACUUCAUGAAAAUAAAUGACGUCAUUGACUCUUGAUAUUAACGAUAAAACAAGUAAUGGGAUUACUUAUAGUGUAGCUUAAGAGAUGUCUGACGAUGAAAUAGUAGAUAAGUAUUUUUCGUUGGUACUUAUACUCUAAUUUGUAACACUCGGGUUAUCACCUUGGUCGACAGGUAAUGGUGUUUUAUCUACUUUUGUUGGUACAAGCAUUAGGGUAAUGAAAUCAUUCUGAAAAUAUAGCGAUGGAAUUUCUUGACAAAUCCAUAGAAUUGCAGUAUUAAUCCGAUGCAUGUAUUCAUUCAUACAUUUUGAAUAAAAGUGAUAAUGACAGAAACUAUACGUUGUCAUUAUAAGGUUCACGUGAUCAUUAAAAGGUACACUUGGUCAUUAAAAGGUAACAAGGUCAUUAAAAGAUACAUGCGGUCAUUAAAAAGUAAACGUGGUCAACAAAAGGUUUUACGUCAGUGUAUAUUUCACAGGGUGUGUUUUAGACAAUAGAAAGACAGCGGAGAAUAUGACAUGAAAUCCAUUUCUCUGAGUUAGCAUGGAAGUGAAACAAUAAAUUUCAAACGGCAAUUUUUUUAUCAAAUAUUUUUUGACGUGAACUCAACUAAACAUUUUUAUCAUGUGUGAAUUGUUUUCGUUGGCAUUGGAAGUGAUAUUGUUUGUCGUAUAUUAAUUACUGGUGAUAUUAAACUGGAGAUAUUUGAUUGGUUAAGCCUGUAUCCUGUAUUUUAUAAGGUAGUCUCAUUUUGAGUUUUUUAGUUUACAACUCUGAAAUAAUUUCCUUAAAAAUGAAAUUCUAAAUAAAACCACAUCAGAUCAACUGGUGCAACGUUUAGGUUCAUACUUGGUUUCCUGUUUCGUAUGGAUAAAUGAUUAUGUACAGAUUCCAAAUUGAUUGUUUGCUGUAGUUUUCGUUGCCCCUUGUCCGACUAUUUUGGUCAAUGCUAUAGUUUGAAUAAUUAAUUGUGAUUAUUGUAUCAACACAUGAUUACGUGAACAAAGACAGUAGACUAUGUACAAGGCAUGGUGAUUGAUAAGGUGAUGUAUGCCCGUAUCAGUCGUAAUUAAAUGGAAGUUUAAAUUGUAAAUUAUUUCCUUAAUAUUUGUCUGUUUGAAGUCAUUGGUCUGUCAGUGGGGAAAACAUUUCUUUACCUCGGUAAGUUGUACACAAAAGAUUAAGUUUAAACGAAAACAUGAAUUUAUAAAUUGUAAUAAUUUGUUGUUGGGAAUUCAUAAUUUUGCCGUUAAAAGACGGGGUAUAUCUAAUCAAUGGUUAGUUCCAGUAAUUUUGCAUAUUUCAACAUCCCAUUUAAAUAAUUCUGAAUAGUCAAUCCGUAUGAAAGAACCAGCGUAAUACCUGUCCAAUUGGUAUGAAUCCCUUAAUGAUAAAACUAUAUUUAUGAGCGUUCAUGUUUAAGUUUGAUAGAGUUUAUUCUGCCUUAAAUGUUUCACCCUAUAGAAGGAAGACAACUACAAUUUCUCUCCGAAAUUUUUAUUUAAUAAAAGUUGUACAAUA